AUGGCCGUUGAGGAUGUCACUCAGCAUUUACCAGUCUGCGUUGCAUCAACAAGACAGCGCGGCGAUGGAGCAAUCACGCCGCACGAGCCAGCCCCGGUAUCUUCGUCGACAUCAUCACAUUCUGAAUCUGAACUAGCUUCCGACGAGAUAUCUCCUGGUGAUGGAAGUGACAAGAACUGGUUCAAAGGUGCAGAAUGGUCCCCGGAUGGAACAACGCUGCUGACAGACUCAGCUGAUCAUUCCAUCCGAACUUGGAUUCUGCCACCAGAUUUGCUGGAAAGUCAAUCAGUCCAUCAAUUAUCACCAUAUUCUACUUUUCCCUCAGCGGAACCGACUUAUGCUACGGCAAUCUAUCCAUUUUUUAAUCUACAGGACCCAUCUACAACACUGUUCCUCUCUUCUGUCCGUGAUCAUCCAAUCCGACUUUCGUCGGCUCUAGCCCCAACUUCAAUGGGAAGCUACUCUCUUGUCAACCCGAUGACCGAAGCCUUCAUCUCCCCACACUCAAUGAUUUACCCUUCAACUAUGGGUGGGACACACUUUCUCACCGGCUCCGACAGCCUGAUAUGUCUCUUUGAUGUAUCCAGGCCCGGGACGCAAGGCCCUAUCUCUUCUAUGCCAACUAUACCCAGCAAGCGCAAACAGAUCGUGGGCGGUGGUAUUGGCAUGAAGGGCAUCGUUUCGGCUUUGGCAGUGAGUCCCACCGGAGACGGGAUUCUCGCCGCCGGCACUUUCACCAGACAUGUUGGCCUUUACAAUUCCAAUGGCUCCGGCGAGUCCCUUGGGACAUUCAGUAUUGCCAAAACCGAGGCGAACCGUGAUAUUGGUGGUCGUGGUAUCACACAACUUGUCUGGAGUCCCUGUGGCAGGUAUCUGUAUGUUGCUGAACGGAAAAGCGAUGGUGUUUUGGUCUACGAUGUCCGCGUUACAGGCCAGAUGCUUGGGCACUUGCGCGGGCGCAAGGCGCUCACCAAUCAACGAAUGAAGAUCGACGUUGUAUCUUCUGGUCCCGAUGGGUCUCAUGAGGUCUGGGCUGGUGGUACAGAUGGACUCAUGCGGGUUUGGAAAAGCCCGGAGUACUCUGCAGGUGGGCAAGACCCAGAUGCAGAAUUCAAGGUCCACGACGAUGCUGUAACAAGCGCGAUCUUCCACCCUACGGCAAAUGUUGUAGCAACUGCCUCUGGGCAGCGACACUACGAUUUAGACGAUUCUUCCGACGAGAGCGAUGUUGAUGUGUCCACGAAAGCCAGAUGCAUUGACAAUAGCCUGAAGGUCUGGUCAAUGCCGCUCUUACAACCGGAAGCGGGGCCCGACUCUGAUCCAGCGAAUCCUUGUUGA